AAUCUGCAGCAACGUCUUCCAGGCCGUCAACCAUGACGACAUCAACAUGGAGGACUUUGGCUCAUCUAAUGACGCCUUCAGUCGGUUGCUUACCCAUGGUGCUCAAGGUCGUGCCGACAGUUACUGUUUCGCCCACAAUGAGGAUCUACCGGAGGAACACGAUUGUAGGAGAGAAUUGUGUACCAGGGUCACUAUUAAUGUCAGUGGGAUGAAAUUUGAAACACAGCUGAGGACUUUAAACCGUCUUCCUCACACCCUUUUGGGGGAUCCUGAAAAAAGAGCCAAAUAUUGGGAUAAGAAACGUCAGGAAUAUUUCUUCGACCGACACAGACUGUCAUUUCCCGCCAUUUUGUAUUACUACCAGAGCGGUGGGCGAUUAAAACGACCCCUGGACGUACCGUGGGAUAUAUUUCGCAAUGAGCUAUAUUUCUACGAGCUUGGUAACACGACAAUUGCCAACUUUGAACGAACGGAAGGCGUGAAACAAAAAGAGGAGACGGUCCUGAAACCUUCAAAUAAAAUCCAGCUAUGGAUUUGGGAAGUGAUGGAAGUGCCUCAAAGUUCCUAUUUCGCUAAGGUUGUUGCUGUUUUGUCGGUGGUGUUUAUUCUCGUUUCCGUUGUGACGUUCUGCAUAGAGACGCUGCCGCAGUUUAAAGGAAGGGAUUGUGUCAACCAGACCUUUGACAUUGGAAAUAAUAAGACCGAAAUCAGAAAGGUUCCUGACUACUGGGAACCCUUGUUUCUCACUGAGAGCUGUUGUAUAGCUUGGUUUGUGACGGAGACUAUUGUGCGAUUCAGUGUGAGUUACUCCAAAAUUGCCUUCCUGAAAAGUUUAAGCAACUGGAUUGACAUCAUAGCGAUUUGUCCCUAUUUUGUGUUUUUGUUCAUCACUUUGGCAACAAACGCUUGUAUCGAAGGCGAUCAGGCAAGCGGGUUGUCAGUCCUUCGAGUGCUGAGAGUGGUUCGAAUCCUCAAACUCAGCAAACAUUCUCAAGGUUUGCAAAUCCUUGGAAUGACCCUGAAAUGUAGCAUGAAGGAAUUAAGUAUGUUCCUGUUGUUCUUAGGAAUUGCAACGGUGAUAUUCGCGGGAGCGGUGUAUUAUGCUGAGAUGGCAGAAGAAAAUGGCCAAUUUACAAGUAUUCCGGAUGCGUUUUGGUGGGCAAUUGUGUCCAUGACUACAGUAGGAUAUGGCGACUAUGUUCCUCAAGGAGUUGUCGGCAAAUGUCUAGGAGUGCUGUGCUUAGUUUCAGGUGUUCUGGCCAUUGCUCUUCCCGUCCCUGUGAUUGUUGCCAACUUCAAUCAUUUCUACACUCAAUACACGGGUCGAGGUUACGGAUCUCUCUAGGACUUUCUUAUAACGUAAGAGCAGCCAUCUUGGUUAUUUAAAAUAGAAAUGGCAAAU